AUGGCGGCUCCGAAGAACCGCAGCGGCGACGAAGAAGCCGCGCUACGUCUCCAGCACCACGCCCGACCGUCAGUCAAGCGACGCACACACCGUCGCCAAGCAGUCGCCAACGACGCCGAUCACCUAUCACUGGGGUACCACCUCGCCACAACCCAUGGCAGGCGAGGCGGCUUCUGGGACCGCCGCCACAUGCUUGCUGCGUUUGCGCUGGGCGCCGACAUGGUGCAAGUGGGCACUGCCUUUCUGACGACGCCCGAGAGCGGACUACCACCACCGCGCAAGGCAGCAAUCACGGCCGCGACCAGCUCGACGGCAAGUGUCGUCACGCGCGGCCUCACGGGGCGGCCCGCGCGCAUGUUGCGCAACGAGCUCGUCGACCGGCUCGCACCGCACGAGGUGGAUGCGGCGUCCAGCGCGCUCCAGCGCCAGCGUAUGGCCGACAUCUUCCGCACGCAUGACACCCGCUACUCGGUGCUCCUCGCGGGCCAAGGCCACGCCUAUUGCCGCCUCGACGACACGGUCGCGACGGUCCUGGCUCGGUUUGCGUGA